UGAGCAACAUGACUGGCAGCUACGCUUGUUGCAAUUUUUUAAAUAUGUGGCAAAAAAGCAAAAUAUCGACCAUGUAUUAUCUGAACCAAGAUGCCAAACUAUCUAACUUGUUUCUCCAGGCUAGCAGUCCAACAACAGGGUCGGCCCCCAGGAGCCAGUCCAGGUUGUCGGUCUGUCCAUCCACACAGGACAUCUGCAGAUCUGCCACCUUGCAUGACAUGUCAGAAGAUGCAUUUGAGCAGUGCACCCCUGUCAUGGUGCUGAGUCCUGCUAGGAAGGAAUCUGGCAAGAAACCAGUAAAACAGAAGCCUAGGAGGCGGCGCAGAGUCUCUGAGAGAUAUGAGCAUGCACAAGAGCAAGCAAAAGAGAGAAGAAAUGACUUUCACCUCCCGAUCUCAAGUCCCAGGUGGAGGGACCUUCAGAGAGAUUCUUCGGAUUCAUCUUCCACAGAUGAGAGUCAGUGGAUUCAGGCAAAAAGAAGAGCCCAGGCUAAAUUCCGACUGUCACGAAGAAGGAGAAAUAAUAUUAAAUCAAGUGAAAGCUUGGUUGGUUCUUCCACUCAGGAUGGAAUUGAACUUGUUGAUCUGGGAGCCAAAAAGGUGAAGCAACAGGAGCUGAUGGAAUGUGAGAAGUGCUCUUUAAGCCUCUGCAGAGGAAAAGUUACAAGGUACCGAGAAGGCAGCCCCUCACAGACCACAGGAUCCUUCGAGGUGAAAAGACCUUCAAGGAACCACCAGGGAAACAAAGGCAGGGGCUGCCACAGAGAUGGUCAUCUCUUGCCUACUCUUAGGCCCAGUGAAACAAUCAGGGACAGAUUUGCAGAAAUGGACUCCAGCACUGACAUACUGACAGUUACAGGAGGUGGCGCGUUGGCAGAUGACAUGGGGUUCCAGGUGAAUAGCUCUGUUCAGACGCCUCCUGGUGCCCAUCAGGAAGGGGCUGAUAAUUUAAAAGUUUGCAGGAUCUGUCACUGCGAAGGGGAUGAAGAGAGCCCGCUCAUCACACCGUGCCGCUGCACGGGCACCCUGCGCUUUGUCCACCAGUCCUGCCUCCACCAGUGGAUCAAGAGCUCAGACACGCGCUGCUGUGAACUCUGCAAGUACGACUUCAUCAUGGAGACCAAGCUGAAGCCCCUGCGGAAGUGGGAAAAACUACAGAUGACCACAAGCGAGAGGAGGAAAAUAUUCUGCUCCGUCACGUUCCAUGUCAUCGCCAUCACCUGCGUGGUCUGGUCGCUGUACGUGCUGAUAGAUCGGACAGCUGAGGAGAUCAAGCAGGGUAAUGACAAUGGUGUUCUUGAAUGGCCAUUCUGGACAAAACUGGUUGUGGUGGCCAUUGGCUUCACCGGAGGUCUCGUCUUCAUGUAUGUCCAGUGUAAAGUCUAUGUGCAGCUGUGGCGCAGGCUGAAGGCCUACAACCGCGUGAUCUUUGUGCAGAACUGCCCAGACACUGCCAAUAAACUGGAGAAGAACUUCUCGUGUAAUGUUAACACGGACCACAAGGAUGCCGUGGUGGUACCUGUAACACAAACAGGAACAAAUCCACUACCCUCUGCAGAAGCUGGCCCCCCUGAAGUGAUACCAGUUUGAUGGAACUAGCUGGGAGUUGCUUCACUAAAGGAUAACUUCCGAGCCUUCAGCCACUACACACAUCACAAGGGAUCCUGUAUUAUUCACUCCCUUAUCUUCUCCCUUCUCCCCCUGACUCAUUCUUCCUCUGACUUUGCUCAUAAAAAGAAAGGAGGAAAAAAUAAAUCAAUCAAUAGACCAGGAUCCUGUCAAAAGUGAGAUGUGGAAAGGAGAAGUGGGCUGCGACUGCUACAACAAUAAAGCAACCUUGGCAUAAGGAUUGCUUUUAGGCGAUGAUGAAUGACUGAGUGGACACGGUGCUCUUCGAGGUAGCAGGAGAAAAGUUCAAGAAUACAGACUUGAAUUGCAAUGUUGUGUUUCUUCUUCGGGUCUUGUAAUGUUACCCAUCUCAACUGGAAAUAACAAAUGUAUGUGGUCUCAAG